AUGGUUCAGCUGGAGACACGUUCAGGAGCUGGGGUGGCCCUUGUUAGCUCAGAGGGCCACAAGUUGAACUCAGUUGUGAAGUUCGAAUUUAAAGCCACCAACAACGCUGUUGAGUAUGAGGCGCUCCUUGCAGGCCUCAGGUUAGCCAAAGAAAUGCAAGUAAGGAGGCUACGUAUCAACAGUGACUCCCAGCUAGUGGGAAGCCAAGUGAAUGAUAGAUUUUCAGCUAGGGAUAAAACCAUGGCCUCCUACUUGAAGAUAGUGAUGAACCUCCUCCCAUCUUUUGAAAAAUUCAAAAUAAUACAGAUUCCUCACAUCGAGAAUGCACUUGUAGAUGCACUCUCUAAACUCGCGAGCAGUAAGGACUCUAAACUACUUCCAAUAGUACCGAUCGAGUACCUCCUCACACCAUCUACAGAGGCCCCCAAAGUGAUGUCGAUUGAAAGAACUCCCACCUGGAUACAACCUAUCAUAGCCUACCUAAAGGACCAAGUCAUGCCCACUAACAAGGAUGAGGCUUACAAGCUGAGGAGGAGUUUAGGUCAUUUCCUCUUCAUUGAUGACGUACUCUACAAAAAAAAGCUUCUCCUCCCCACUUCUUCGCUGCAUGGGGAAGAUGAAGCCACCUACAUUCCAAGGAAAAUCCACGAAGGUGUUUGUGGCAAUCACUCAGGAGGACUAGCCUUGGCAAGUAAGAGGCAACCCUCACAGGAGCUAACUGUCGUCUCUAGCCCAUGGCCCUUCUCCAAGUGGGGCAUGAACCAGAUAAGUUUCCUACCUAAAGGCAAAGGAGGUGCGAACUUUGUUAUUGUGGCCAUUGAUUACUUCACGAAGUGGGUCGAGGCUGAACAGCUAACAAAAAUCAUAGAAACAAACACCUCCAAGUUCUUCUGGAAGAACAUCAUAUGCCGGUUCAGAAUUUUCCACUCCAUAGUUUCAAACAAUGGGAGACAGUUUGAUAAUAAGAAAGUCAGGAACCUAUGCGAAGAACCUGAAAUCAAAAAGCACUUCUCAACGCCUCAUCAUCCUCAAGUCAGUGGCCAAGUUGAGGUUGUAAACAAGACAAUCAAGCAUGUUCUCAAAAGGAAUCUGGAUGCAUCAAAGGGAGCCUAA